AUGGCCUCCCGGGAGGGUGAGCAUGCGGCCCGAGAACCAGAGAGUUAUGAGAUUGAGAAGCUUAUAAAAAUAGUCAAGAAACGCGGCAAGGAGCUUGUUCAAGUGCGCUGGGCAGGAUACGGUGAGGACGACGAUACCUGGGAGCCCGUUGAAACAUUACCGGAUUCGGUCGCGGAGGAACUGCGAUCAUUACGAGCCAUGAAACAUAGACGGGGGCCCCCCAAAAACUUUGAAGGAGGCGGCGCUCAGGCGGCAACCAAAGCCACCGCCAAAAAGCGCGUAAGACCGAAGGCAGGAAAAUCCGCAUUCCCACAAACCGAAAAUGAACUUGUUCAGGCUCCAGCGGAGACCCCUCAUCCUCCAGCCCCUAACCCUUUGAUCCCCGAACGACAAGCGGAUACACCGGACGCGACGGCCGGGUCCGGCGCCGCGUAUAAUGACGGAGCUCACAGCAGCACGGCCCAGGUGUCUCCUUCAACCGCCCCUUCCUCGAACCAGUCUUACUCACACCCAGGGUUCGAAGAAGGCAGUCCCCAGAAAAGUACUGGCCAAGAAGCCCCAGAAAAGGCCAGGAAAGAAACCCAAAAUGCGGACUUGGACCACCCCCACCAAGACUCCGGUCACAGCCAAGAUUCAGGGAACAGCCAAGCACUAGACUCUAGUCAAGGCGAUACUCAGAAGGCUUUCCAUAGGAUAUUUUUUGGAACGCAAGAAGAUGAAACCCAAGAAGAUGGAACGCAAGAAGAUGAGCCGAAUCCAAGUGUUAAUCGGGCGGAGGGGGAAUCUCAAAAUCCAGCUCGUUCCGAAGACAUUCCAGAGUCCCAACCGAUUCAGCCCUUAGAAUCAAAGUUGGAAGAAGCAAAGGACUCUGUGUUGAAGGAUAAGCCUACUGCCGACAGUACUACUCCCGCUAGUUCGGUUCCCGGCGUCGGAAAUAAUCUGUCUAACGAGACGGGGAGUGAGGAGCCAGCGCGAAUUGAGGCAGUGGACUUGACUCUGAGUGACCCUGAGUCGAAUGCGGCCGCAAGAUCGAAUGCCGCCCCAACGUCGAACGCCACUUCGGACCCAAAUGACGUCUCGAAGCGGAAUGCUUUAGGGAACAAGCGACGGGCAGACUUAGACUCUCCCCUCAUGGAGGCAGUCGACGAGCCUCCUCGGGCCAUGCCGGCUAAUGUGGGUCAGAUGUGUUUGCCUGCACAGUUUUCUUCUGCGGUGCUGGUGCCCGCGGCAAAAUCGUGGGCGAACGCACUGGCUUCUGGAGAGCCCGCGGUGGUGAGUCAAACACCGAGUGACGCUGUGGCAUCCUCGGGUCGGGGCACUGCGGGUACCCGGGCCCGAAAGCGGGUGCGUGCGCAGACGGAAUUGGAGUAUGAAUCGUCGGAUGUGACUUCUUCAGAGUCCGAAAUCAGCUCCGACUCCUCACAGGAGGAGCCGCUAAUCACUCCCAUGCCCAAGGCUUUAUCCAAGACCUUGUCCAAACGCCGGAAACGGGCACGGACGGCGGCGACCAAGCAAGCCGCCAAGCGCCAGACUCGACCAACCCCCGCCGCCGAAACAAAGACCAGUGAAAUCGCGACUAGAGAACAACUAAUCCCCGUAAACGCGGUACAGCAAAUCGUCGAGAGCUGCUUCGACAAACUUCGCACUCCCGUCGAGUGGUACUGUCCCGAAGCCUACACCGCACACCAGUUCACCCUCAAAUACAUCAGUGGCCCUCCUCACGCUCAAAAUGAGCCACCCGUGCUGUCCGAUCCUCCCAACUGGGACAAUGUCUGGGGCUUCAUCGAAAAUCACACCAACGGCGAAAAGGCCUACCUUCCGCUCUCCGUACUCAAACAGAAAUACCAAAGCGCCCUGAUCGAAUUUUUGCUUGCACGGACCGACUUGUCGUCAUAA